GAAGUUGAGUCAAGAGUGUAAAUUAUGCACGCACAUUGAUUUUCUGACUGCGACGUUGCUGUUGUUCCCGACCGCGUCGUCGUCGUCUACGUCGUUAUAUCCUCACCAUCUUGAUCAUUCUAUAUAUGGCAUUCAGCAUAUAUAGGCAAUCUGCUCUGUUUGUCGCAUGAUAUCGUCGGAACUUGUGUCGUCGACGGCUUUGUUGAAUGCGUGUUAUCAGCGCAACAACAGCCCAACAAAAGAUGAAGUUUCGCUGUCAACAACACUUGAAGAGUGCUACACAUCUCCAACAGAUACAGCGCCAACAACAGCAACAAUGACCAAACAAUUGACAACAACGACAGCAACCAAUGCGGCAUCAAGCAUAACCCAAACGGGAGACUUGGCGCCCACAGUUAUAUCACCAACAGCAUCCUCGACUACAAUCAGAACAGCAGGAGAAGCAGCAGGACCAGGACACAGACCUGCAAGUGGCGCUGCCACUGGCACACUUUCAACUCUGACAGUUGCAACAAAGAGUUUGACGCAAGCAGCAACAACAUCAUCAUCUUCAGGCACAAACUUAAGUAACGAUGCCAGCGGUCGUUCGGCAGCUCUGGAGCGUGCCUACGUCCAUGAUGUGUACGAGCACUGUGAGGAGCCCACGGGCCCGGUGCGGCCACGUAUGGCUCACUUUCUGAGCAACCUGGAGCCGGGCUCCGUCGUGUGCGACGUGGGCUGUGGCAGCGGACGCUACCUCACACAAUGCAAUCCGGCAAUUUUCACAAUUGGCGUGGAGCGGUGUUACCGCCUUAGCAAAGUGGCCAACGAGAAGGGAGGAGAGGUGGCGCUUUGCGACAAUCUGGAGCUGCCCUUCCGCGACGACAGCUUCGAUGCCGUGCUCUCCCUCGCCGUCGUGCAUCACUUUGCUACGACGGAGCGACGUGUUCAGGCCUUGAGGGAGCUGGCCCGGAUCCUGCGUAUUGGCGGCCGUGUGGUCAUAACUGUGUGGGCACUGGAGCAGCGUCAUCGUCGCUUCGAGUCGCAGGAUGUGCUCAUACCGUGGCAGCCGCCCAAGAAUCGCAAUUAUUCAUAUUCCGAUGAGGAGGACGACGACAAUUGUCAGGCGCCGUAUCACGCCUACACGGAGGACUCGACAAACUCCAGCCGCUCGGCAGGAGAUGGCGACAGUUCAAGUCUGAGUUCAUCGUCGCCCGGUGAGUCCUGCUACAGUUUUGUGCGACGCGCCAUACAGAAAUUGGCCCGUGGACGUCGUCAUGCGUGGUUCAUGGACUCUUGGUCUUCCAAGGAUACCAAAAACGACAGCAGCCUGGACUAUGAGGAUGCCAAGGAUCUGCCCAUCGAGCUGCGUCGAUUGGAAGACUUUGAAGACUUUCCACCGGAUCCACCACUGUCCGCCGGCCUGAAGUCCCGCAGCCUGGGCAGCAUUUUGCAGCCGCCACCCCGACAGAUUGUGCGCUCACGCUCAAGUGUGCCCAGUCUGGGGGGUCCCCUGAUUCCGGGCGAGCCAAAGGCCAGUGCGGCGGCUAUGCUGCUCAAUGCACCCGAGGCACAGCAGUUGAAUGGGAGGCACUCGCCCACGAUCACGGUCAGUGCGGGCAACACGCUCAGCCGACGGCCCAAACUCAUCAAGCAGAAGCAAUCGCUCUGCGAGGAAGAUGGCCUGUCAGAUGCCGCGACGCCCCCGAACUCCGAGGCGUUCCAUAUGAUGAACAGCUACAACAGCGUCAAUGGGGGCAUGAGCAGCAGCCUGUGCACGAGAAGCGGCUGCUAUGCCAACAAUUUCCAUCAUCAUGCCUCAGCGGUGGCAACGACUAAUGGAACGGUACCACCAGGCAGUGCCUCGGGGCUGCGCAAGCAGAGCUCUCUCAAUGAGGAGCUGAUGGCCUGCAAUCGACUGCGAGAGAAGGAACGCGUGCGCAAGCGCAUCCAAAAGCAGACAUCCCUCAACGAGGCGUUCCUCUGUCGCUCGGCGAUGUUCUCGAAGCGGCUGCAGGUUAUACGCGAGGGAUUCACCACCAAAAUCAAGAGCUCGACGGGCAGCCUGGAGCGGGUGACCAAAAAAGGCAUCAGCAAGCUGAUCCAGAACAUCAAGAGUGCGCCACAGACGCCAUCGAUUCCGGUACAGAGCGCCGCGAUGGUGAAUUAUGCUGCCACAAACAACAAUAACAAGCAGACCACAGUGUCGGCACCACAGCAGCCGCAGCAGCACCACCACAAUCACCAUCAUCACCACCAUCUGCCGCAGCAGUAUCUGUCGCACCUAAUACUGUCCAAUACGGCCACGUCGCCCGCACCAACAACCGCUGCCGGCUCAGUGACGUAUUGCAGCUGCGUGGACUGCAGUUUGGGGAAUGUCUGCUACUGCAGCCAGUACCAGCAGGAAUGCUUUGUCUGUGAGAACAGCGAGCAAGCCAAGGCCCGACGACACUCGCGCGAAUCCGGCUCGGAUUCGUCCAAGGACAGCAGUCUGCAGUCGGACACGAGCAUCGAGUCGGAGGAUAGUUUCGCCUCGGUCAUCUUCAUACCCAAGCCAGAGCAGCAUCAGCAGCAGCUGAACUAUCAGCAUCAGCACCACAACUCCAACUCCAGUUCGAGCAAUUCCUCCUCCAGCAAUGGUCAAGCGGUGAAUUCGGUUACGGGGGGAACGACUGGAGCAGCUAAUCCACAGGGGAGCAACUAUCCCAACUUUCGACUGCCGCCCACUCAAUCUGCGCCAACAUCGCCGCUGAUAAUGCCCUGCCCUCCGACACCGGCGCACUCGCCGGCUGCCAUCCAGGGUACGGUGAUGUCCCCGCCACAGUCUACCACCGCUGUGUUGGCGGCUAUGGCCAUUCUGACUCCCCCCUCUAAGCCGGCACGCUUUAGCUUUGACGAGGCACAUAUCAAGCAGCAGAAGGAGCAGCAGGCACAGCCCCGGACAGAACCUCAGCUGCAGUCGCAGCAACAACUUCAGUUGCAGCCCCAACCUGAGUUGAAGACCCAGCCACAGACCCAGUCCCAGCCCCAGUCAAUGCCCCAUCCAAUGCACAAAAUUACUCGUCAAACAAUCAGGGACUUGCCGCCGAUACCCAAGUUCCGAAAGCAGCAAUCCCAGCAGCUGCAGCGUCAGAAUUUUCCAAUUGUGCGGCGUGCCUCGGGCUCAGGUGUGUCCACAUCGGCGUCAGCACAUUCGCUGGCCAGCAGACUGCUCUCGCUGGAGCUAUUCAAUCCGGCCACUGAUGAUCUGGACAGCGACUCCAGCGAACCCUCCUCGCCCGACUCCAUUGACAGCGUCAUCAGUGCGCCGCGUUCGGCCAAGUUGCCAACUGGCAAUAGCGGCGAAGGUGGAGAUGCAUCGACAUCCGCCUCCCAGGACGAGGGAGAGGCCAGCCUGGCUCAGAUGAUCAGUUUGCAGCAGGAGCAGUACCACAAGGGCGAGUUGCAGAUCAAUAACGCCGUGCCACAUGCCAACGAUGACAUCAUCCUCAAUGCGGACAGUGCUCCACUGCUGCCGAAGAAACGGGAGUCCGGACACACGCAGGAUUGUGCGGAGUUUGCAGAGCAGCUGAAGGCGCAGCUGCAGCGUGAGCUGGAGGAUAAGAGCAAUCGUGCCGAGUGCCGUUCCCUGGAUGGUAUUGGAGAUCUUUCCGAGUACUUGGGCGGCACCAAGAAACGCUCGAAUGGGGAACUGAGCGCCUUCCGGGAUGAGUUGCGAGAGCGUCGCUUGAUGCUGGUCAAUCUAUCCACGCAGCCAAGUCUGCAGCAGUCACCGAUUUCGUCCAGCACAUCCUCGCUGUCCUCGCAGACGCGUAGCUUCACCAUACAAGAGGAGGAUGGUGAAGAGGAGGAGGAGGAGGAGAAUGAGUCCAGCUACUCGCUGGGCAUCUACGAGCACUGCAAAAUCUCCAAGUUCAACUACAAACGGAAUCGCCACUACCAGCUCAAUCCGGAGACGGCCUACCUGCUUCAGGACGAUGGAGACAGCGAUGUGCGCGACGACGAUGAUGAUGUCAUUCCUGAAGAGGAGGAAGACGAAGAUGCCGAGGCUCUCGAAGCACGUGGCGGCGAUCAGCUAGGCGAGGGCCUAGGCCAUGCCUCCAUGCACGACUACGGACAACGUCGCCGCAACAUGGCAGCCAUGAAGCAGGGCACGCACAGCUCCACGCCCUCGACCGUGUGCGCAAAUCCUUCGGCCACGCAGCAGCAACAGCAGCAGCAGGCACCGCUGCAGCAGCGCAACUCUAUCGAAUCGAUAGAGCACUCGAACAGCUCCACCAACUCGCUGGACAGUCCCUCGCAGGGCGGCUCGAGCACGCAUCAUCGCUACUACCAUGUGUUCCGCGAGGGCGAACUGGAUUCGCUGAUCAACCAUCAUGUGGCCAGUUUGCAUAUCGUGAGCUCCUACUACGAACGCGCCAGCUGGUGUGUGGUGGCCGAAAAGGUUCAGGUGUGGACCAUUUAACUCUAAACCCAUAAUCCCCCUCAAGGUGAGUAUCUUAUGCCCCCAAUGGAAUUGUUACAUUUAGUCUCUUAACUCUAGUCGAACCAAAAAACUAAUUGAAGCGGGGAAACCCCCAUAGCAUUAUUUUAUCGGCAGCUCUAACCUUGCAGUAUACUGUAUGGUUUCUAACCUUGCAGUAUACUGUAUGGUUAGUGUCGUCAGGCAACUCGCGCUUUUCAGAGUUGCCAGGCCUGUUCAAGAACGGCAGGGUUGCACUGCAUGAAAUCAAAUUUCAAAAA